AACGGCGUGCUCAAGUCGCUGUCCUUCCUGUUCGAGUACAUCGGCGAGAUGGGAAAGGACUACAUCUACGCCGUCACGCCGCUGCUGGAGGACGCCCUCAUGGACCGCAUGUAUGACCUGGUGGACACCACGGUGGAGCUGGCUAACAAAGUGGGCGCGGCAGAGAUCAUCUCGCGCAUCGUGGACGACCUGAAGGACGAGGCGGAGCAGUACCGGAAGAUGGUGAUGGAAACCAUCGAGAAGAUCAUGGGAAACCUGGGCGCCGCCGACAUCGACCACAAGCUGGAGGAGCAGCUCAUCGACGGCAUCCUGUACGCCUUCCAGGAGCAGACCACUGAGGACUCUGUGAUGCUGAACGGCUUCGGCACGGUGGUGAACGCCCUGGGGAAGCGCGUGAAGCCCUACCUGCCCCAGAUCUGCGGCACGGUGCUCUGGCGCCUCAACAACAAGUCGGCCAAAGUCCGGCAGCAGGCCGCAGACCUGAUCUCACGCACCGCCGUGGUCAUGAAGACCUGCCAGGAGGAGAAGCUGAUGGGUCACCUGGGGGUGGUCCUGUACGAGUACCUGGGAGAGGAAUACCCCGAAGUGCUGGGCAGCAUCCUGGGGGCCCUGAAGGCCAUCGUCAACGUCAUCGGUAUGCACAAGAUGACCCCGCCCAUCAAAGACCUGCUUCCCCGUCUGACGCCCAUCCUCAAAAACAGACACGAGAAGGUCCAGGAGAACUGCAUCGACCUGGUGGGCAGGAUCGCCGACAGGGGCGCGGAGUACGUGUCUGCCAGGGAGUGGAUGAGAAUCUGCUUCGAGCUGCUGGAGCUGCUCAAAGCUCACAAGAAGGCCAUCCGCCGAGCCACCGUCAACACAUUCGGCUACAUCGCCAAAGCCAUCGGGCCCCACGACGUGUUGGCCACGCUGCUGAACAACCUGAAGGUGCAGGAGCGGCAGAACCGCGUGUGCACCACGGUGGCCAUCGCCAUCGUGGCGGAGACCUGCUCGCCGUUCACGGUGCUGCCGGCGCUCAUGAACGAGUACCGCGUGCCCGAGCUCAACGUGCAGAACGGCGUGCUCAAGUCGCUGUCCUUCCUGUUCGAGUACAUCGGCGAGAUGGGAAAGGACUACAUCUACGCCGUCACGCCGCUGCUGGAGGACGCCCUCAUGGACCGGGACCUGGUGCACCGGCAGACGGCGAGCGCGGUGGUGCAGCACAUGUCUCUUGGCGUGUACGGCUUCGGCUGCGAGGACUCGCUGAACCACCUGCUGAACUACGUGUGGCCUAACGUGUUCGAGACGUCACCACACGUGAUCCAGGCCGUGAUGGGAGCGCUGGAGGGGCUGCGCGUGGCGCUGGGGCCCUGCCGCAUGCUGCAGUACUGCCUGCAGGGCCUGUUCCACCCGGCCCGUAAGGUGCGGGACGUGUACUGGAAGAUCUACAACUCCAUCUACAUCGGCUCGCAGGACGCCCUGAUCGCUCACUACCCGCAGGUCCACAACGACGACAAGAACGCCUUCGUGCGCUACGAGCUGGAGUUCGUCCUGUAG